UAGGCUGUACAUUGAACGCAAUCUAUCAAGGAUUUCAAAUUGCCGAGGUAGCUUUGCAGCUAGAAUGGAUAUUUUAGGGAAAGAAAUAGAGAAGUUUUUAAAAGCGUGGCACGCUCUUACACAUGAACAGAAGUUCAAUAUGUACCUGAAUGCUAGGUAUAUCAUUCAAACCAUCAAUGUGCAUACCACUGCAAACAGUGUAAAACAGGCCGGGUCAUUGCCUUUUAUGCAGCUCCAAGGAGACUCAAACCACUGUGGUGUCUGUGCUUUUAAUAAUCUGGUUGGUCAAGAAGUUACAACUGUUCAUGAAAUGAAUGAAGCUGCUGAUGAACUGUGGCUCAGACAAUUUGGAUUAUCAAUAACUGAUGAUGUUCAACGCCAUAGGGAUUCAAAUGGGUUUCACUCCUUAGAUACUAUGCUUGCGAUAGCAAGCAAACAUGGAUUAGUUUUCAGCCACUUGAUCUGUGCAUACAGUCCAUAUUAAAAGGAGAAAUUAAACCUGAUUCCUCAGCACUUUUCAUUCAUGAGUUGCGACGCUGCUAUAAGCCCCCAGUUCAGCUGCUGAUAUUAGACAGAGACUCACGUGUAGAGCAUUACACAGCUGCAAAGAUUUACCAGCACAUUAUUUGGUACUUUGACUCACUGAAGUGGAAGCCUUUCACAAUUUCAGCUAAUUACUUGUUGAAGAUAUUGGUACGUGAGACAAGUCUUUCAUUCUCUAAGUAUAGACAAAGACAAUAAUCCUCAGGAACAAAUGUCUUCUCCUGCUAUGGACGUUACUCCAGGGCUAGAUGAUUCCCAGUUUAUAACUGUUAAGUGUCGUCAGUGCAGUAGUCACUAUCCCCUCAGGGAGAUCAACAAGCAUAUGCUUCAGUGUGUGAAGACAUCAAAAUGUGUGGGAUGGGAGAGCAUGGAUUCUCACAAGGACACAGUGGAUGAUGAAAUACUUUGCUUAGACUCUGAUGACACAUCAGGUGAUGAGUUUCCAGAUAUUACAAAACCACCACCAAAAAAGGGUAACGGCCAUUUUGAAUCAAAAUGGAACUUUGUGAGACUACUAGCUAUCAUUCUUAAAGUUUGUAGAACAGAAGUUGCCAGAAGAAAACCUUUUGAAGAAGCUGAUGAAUGUGAAGAUAAUACAAAAAAAGAAGAGCAGGAGAUGAAAGAGCCUAACUUCCAGAUGAACGACAUCAUCCAGCCGACCUGCAAAAAUACUAACAAUGAGGAUCCAGAUGAACUCUUUGAAACACCAAGACACAUCAUAAUGGCAAGAAGAAGAGAAAGUGUAUACGAAGAAUACUGCCGACACCCCCAGGAAAUGUAUAAUACAGGUUGCUCUAGCAUCACCUUUACAGUAAACCCUUAUAAUUAUGCAGAAAUCUUUCCAAAAGGGAUAACUUUACCUUCUCUGAGAGUUGAACUGCAGAAGAUUGAGCCUUACCUGAGAAGACUGUGCAAGACACCAGAUAAUGUUAGAUGGAAGACUUUUCUGAAGGCCUCAACGGAGAAGCAACUCCAACAUGCAAUUAACAAACAUGUUACAACAUGGCAGUUUGAGCACCCAGGAGUUGUUAAUGAGAUGCGAUGUUUUGUUACAAGUAUAUGUGAGGAUGAAUUUCCUGGGCUGACGGUUAAUCCGAUUCGGAUGUCUGAACAUGAAAUACUUCCAGAGGCUAUUAUAUCACUGAUCCAGUGUUUCUAUGGAGUAACAUAUGAAGAAGCUGCCAUCCAUUACAUUCAAAAAACUAUUCCAUGACAAACUCUCUUUCCCUCCCCUCCUGUGGUCCUUACAUGCACUGCAUCAAAUAUUCCAAGAUAGUUUUAUUAACUACCUGCCACACCCCUGAUUCACAUCACAUACUGAAAAAAUGACGUCAGAAAUACCAAAAAAAACGUGCCCCGAUGGACGUAUAUAUACUACACCACAGCCACUCUACUGUCUAACGACACACCCAUGUAUAAUAUUAUACUUCAGAAGUAAUUCCUACUCCACAUCAUGUUAUUCCAUGUCAGGCGCACACAAUCUAGCCCCAGGACUAGGUGAAGGUAGUCCAAAUGGUGAAGACAGUCUGGUCCUGGGGCUACGCAUCAGUAUAAGUCCAGCACAAGGAGGUGGUGAAGGUAGUCCAAAUGGUGAAGACUCCUGGUUGCUUGGUGAAGAAUUAUACCUCAAAAAUACCUAUAUAUAACAUUUCCUUAUAAUAAACAUCAUAUCUAAUGCCAGAAGAGAUCAUUAUUCUUAAUUAUCUGUUCUCCAGGGACCACAGGAGGGAGGAGCCCCAAUGAUGAUUACAAUUUCUGAGGGACUCCAACAAUGUUACACCCACAAGAAGACUUUGUUAACAUUAUAAUAAUGAUUGUGUACAUCACUUGCAAAAUUAAUAAUUAUCGU